CACCUGCAGUUCCCACGCAGGCACUGGGGGGUUCUCCUGGUCCCCCAAUGCCUUGUCCCUCCUCCGGCCCGCAGAGCAAGCUGCACAUGGAGGGCUUCCGCAGCCUGAAGGAAGGAGAAGCCGUGGAGUUCACCUUCAAGAAGUCGUCCAAAGGCCUGGAGUCCAUCCGCGUGACGGGCCCCGGCGGCGCCUUCUGCAUCGGGAGUGAGCGGAGACCGAAAGGGAAGAACCUCCAGAAACGCAGAUCCAAGGGAGACAGAUGCUACAACUGUGGUGGGCUGGACCACCAUGCCAAAGAGUGCAAGCUCCCACCGCAGCCAAAGAAAUGCCACUUCUGCCAAAGCAUCACCCACAUGGUCGCCAACUGCCCCAUCAAAGCCCAGCAGUCGCCCAGCUCUCAGGGAAAGCCGGCCUAUUUUCGGGAGGAGGAAGAAAUGCACAGCUCGCCCCUUCUUCCUGAAACCAGGGAAUGACGGGGGGAGACUUCCGCCAGGAUCCAAAGGCUUCAACAAGGCAUCAGUCUUCAAAGCAAGCGCAGUGAGCAGGCUCUGCCAUCGUGAGGGGGUUGGGGGUAAGAACAUGGGGCAGGAGGGCAGCGGCUUGGAAGGGCAGGGGAUGCCUGCGGGGUGACAGCGCUGGCAUCAGGACAGAGGGAGGAGAGAGGGGGUGCUGGCUCCAAAAUCCCAGCCUCUCCCACGCCCUGUGAAACCUCUGUCCAGAUGCCUCGGGGGAGAGCGGGCAGCGCCAUCACCCUGUACCUCCCCUCACCGAAAGCCACUCCAAGUUAC